CAGUAUUCUCCGCGUUACACAAGGUGUUUCGUAAAUGUUUAAUUUACGAAACUUAUUUGUGUAAUAGAGGCGUUGACAAGCUCGCUUCACCACCACGAACACAUCAUCUUUACUGCAGGAGACACAUUUUCUCCUCCACACCUUGAUACGGUUGGAAUAAUGUGGGGCUCGGGCCUGCUGCUCCUACUGGUGACACUCUGGCAUCACUCCCAUGCCCAAAAUCUGAAUCCUAUGCUUCAGGUUGUUACACAGACCAUGCUUCCCCCUGACAAUCUGCACAAUCCCACACAACUCAACUAUGGGAUGGCUGUGACUGAUGUGGAUGGUGAUGGUGACCUGGAAGUGGUGGUGGCAGGGUACAAUGGGCCCAACUUGGUGCUGAAGUAUGACAGGACUCAAAAAAAGCUGCUAAACAUUGCUAUUGAUGACAGUAACUCUCCAUACUAUGCUCUGAGAGACCAGGCAGGAAAUGCUAUUGGAGUUGCUGCCUGUGAUGUGGAUGGAGAUGGACGAGAAGAAAUCUAUUUUCUUAAUACAAACAAUGCCUACUCUGGACAAGCAACAUACACAGACAAGCUCUUCAAGUUUCGUAAUGGUCGCUUUGAAGAUCUGCUCAGCGAUGAGCUGAAUGUACGUCGUGGUGUUGCUAAUCGGAUGGCAGGACGUUCAGUCGCAUGUGUUGAUAGAAAGGGAACAGGCCGUUACUCAGUCUACGUUGCAAACUACGCCAGUGGGAAUGUUGGCCCCCACGCUCUCAUAGAAAUGGACGAGGCUGCCAGUGAUGUGAGCAAGGGCAUCAUUGCACUGUCUGACGUAGCUGCUGAGGCGGGAGUCAACAGGUACACAGGUGGUCGCGGUGUGGUCGUUGGACCGAUCCUGAGCGAGUCGAGGUCUGAUGUGUUCUGUGACAAUGAAAAUGGACCUAACUUCCUAUUCAAGAAUAAUGGAGAUGGGACUUUUGUUGACAUGGCAAGACAGGCAGAUGUGGAGGACCAAUACCAGCAUGGCAGAGGAGUGGCACUGGCUGACUUCAACGGUGAUGGAAAGACAGACAUCGUUUAUGGAAACUGGAACGGCCCACACAGACUUUUCCUGCAGCGCAGCGAUUCCAGAUUCCAGAAUAUUGCUACUGGAAGAUUUGCUGAAGCCUCACCUAUUCGCACAGUCAUCGCUGCUGACUUUGAUAAUGACAAGGAGUUGGAGGUGUUCUUUAACAAUAUUGCCUACAGAGGAAAUGCUCCCAAUAGGCUGUUCAGAGUGUCAAGGAGGACUAAUGCAGACCCUUUGAUCCAAGAACUAAAUGUGGGAGACGCUGAAGAGCCAGAAGGGAGAGGAACAGGUGGUACUGUGACUGACUUGGAUGGGGAUGGACAGCUGGACCUGCUGUUGGCACACGGGGAGAGCGCCCAGCAGCCAAUCUCUGUCUUUAAGGUCACGCAGGGAUCAUCCAAUAACUGGCUGCGGGUCAUUCCUCGCACCCAGUUUGGUUCUUUCGCCCGAGGUGCCAAGGUGACAGUCUUCACCAGUCAGAGUGGAGGUCUCACACGCAUCAUUGAUGGAGGCUCUGGAUAUCUGUGUGAGAUGGAGCCAGUCGCCCACUUUGGUUUAGGAAAUGAUGAGGUGAAGGUGCUCGAGGUCUCCUGGCCAGACGGCACUAGUUUUACUCGAACUCUUCAGGCUGGUGAAAUGAACUCGGUGUUGGAAGUCACCUAUCCCAAAGAAGGGGAAACCACUGUGCUUGCCAAUGACACGCAGUGUGGUAAUGGCUUUACUGUCAGGAAUGGGCGCUGUGCAGCAUUGGCUCCAUUUUAUGAUGGCGUUCGGUCUUCGGUCUCCAUGUUUGAAGCCUCCUGGUUUAAGACAGUUUUAUUACAGUGUGUUUUAUUCCUGUCUGCAGUAGCAGAAAUAAGUGAGAGCAGUCUUCAGGGAAAAGACAACCUCUAUCCAGCACUGGUCACCUGGAUCUAACACCUGCUAGAACAAAUUACUGUGACAUGCAUGGGGCAUGUCAGUCCUGAACUUUGCUUGUUUGUUUUGAUGAGCUGGCUGCAUGUGGAAGCUGUAGUGCCAAAUAACCAGUUAGUGCAUGCAUGCAGGCAUGAGGAAUUUGUAACAAAAUAAGCAAUAAGCCUAAAUCGUUAAGUAAUUCUUUAAGGCAGGUUUUUUAUUACCUCUGUUCUACUUAGGUAUCAGUGACUGUGAGCAGUGUGCACAAUACCACGGCCCUGAGUGGACAUUAUCAAUUGUUAAUUUCUUCACGACUUUGCAAGCUGUGAAGAUAAAAUGCCUUUAGAAAAAAAGGGCUGC